GUUUCAUCCUCUCCUCUGCUCGGCGGUCGGAGGCUGGAGGCUGAUGUGUGAUCACAGUAUUGCAAUCGAUUUAUUUACCGGAUCGAUAGCAGUCAUCAGGGCGGGAUGAAGCUCCUCUGCAGCGGAUCGAUCGCGUCCCUCCUGCUCCUCUCUUUUAUUCCAGUUUGCUUUGCCGCUCAUGGUCGCUUUGCUCAGAAAUUACUGAAUGACUUGCUCUCCAACUACACCAACGCUUUGCGACCGGUGGAGGACACAGACAACAUCAUCAAUGUCACUCUGCAGAUCACUCUCUCCCAGAUCAUUGACAUGGACGAGCGGAACCAGAUCCUGACUACCUACCUGUGGAUACGCCAGGUGUGGAUGGACGCCUACCUCACCUGGAAGAAGGAGGACUACGACGGCCUCGACACCAUCCGCAUACCCAGCAGCUUCGUAUGGAGGCCUGAUAUUGUUCUGUACAACAGUGCAGACGACGAGUUCUCCAGCUCCAUGGAGACUAACGUCGUUCUUCGUAACGAUGGUCAGGUCAUGUGGGACCAGCCAGCCAUCACCAAAAGCUCCUGCUCUGUGGAUGUGGCCUUCUUCCCCUUUGAUGUGCAGCAGUGUCACCUAACCUUCGGCUCCUGGACUCACAACGGCAACCAGAUGGACUUGUUCAAUGCCUUGGACAGUGCUGACCUCAGUGACUUCGUCCCCAACGUGGAGUGGGAGGUUCUGGGCAUGCCAGCCAAGAAAAAUGUGAUUCUGUACGGUUGCUGCUCGGAUCCAUACCCAGACAUCACCUUCACCCUCCACCUGAAGAGACGUGCCUCCUUCUACAUCUUCAACCUCCUCAUCCCCUGUAUGAUGAUUUCCUUUCUGGCCCCACUGGGCUUCUACCUGCCAGCAGACUCGGGUGAAAAAGUUUCUCUGGGUGUCACGGUGCUGCUGGCCCUCACUGUGUUUCAGUUGCUGGUGGCUGAGAGCAUGCCACCCUCCGAGAGUGUCCCACUGAUAGGAAAGUACUACAUUGCCACCAUGACGAUGGUCACUGCUUCCACAGCUCUCACCAUCUUCAUCAUGAACAUACACCACUGUGGUCCCGAGGCUCGUCCAGUCCCAGAAUGGGCCGAACGCUUCAUCCUCAACCACCUCGCCCGUAUCUGCUUUGUCUACGAGGUCGGAGACAACUGCUUCAGCAGGAGUUCCAGAAAACAACCUCUGUCUCAGGAAGAGUCUGAGGCCCCGUCGGCCAAUGGCAGCAACCCCAAAGGACCAAACUGGGAUGUGAAUGGACAGGCCUGGGGAGGGAAGGUGGAAGAGGAUGGGGCAGGGGAGUCUCUGAAGGUGGGGCGGGAUGUGACCAACCAGGCAGACUGGAAAGAGGAUCUGUUUGUGACCAUCGACCACUCGGAGGAGGAGGGAGCUGCUGGUGGAUGUGAAGAGCAGGGAGAGGAGUCAAACAGUGGUGGAGGAGGAGAGCAUGUUGAGGAAAAGAAAGGUGUUGGAGGCGAAGGAAGAGGUGGAUCCAGGGGGAACAGGAGGGAGAUCUUAGUGAAAACCCAGUGUGUUUGCCAGCACCAGGGACUGCGCAAGAACGUUGAGUACAUUGCCAACUCAUACCAGGACCAGCGAGCAGCACAGCUGCGCAUCGGGGAGUGGAGGAAGGUCGCCAAGGUCAUGGAUCGCUUCUUCAUGUGGCUGUUCUUCAUCAUGGUCUUCUUCAUGAGCAUCCUCAUCCUGGGAAAAGCCAUCUGAUAGAGAUAUGGCUUCAAAGAGUCACGAGAGGGUGAAGGCAGCAAGUUUGUACACAGAUAAAAUGAUUUGUUUAUCUUUCAUCAAGUCAAAAAUCAGUCUUCAUUUUCAGUGAUGAUUUACUCAAAUAGUGAAUUUCAGAUGUGUUUAAAUCCACUAAUGUUAUAAAUGUACACUCUAACUGGAUGUCUUUGCAAAGAAUGAUUUCCACUAGAGUUUAAAAUGCAGUUGUUUGGAGGCUCAGCCACACAGCAGGAGUUUGGACAGAUGCAGUUUUUACAUCAGAGUUUAUGAACCAAGAAAAGGCCAGAGAUGAUUUCAGAUUUCUUUUCAUCACAGAACACACCCACAACUUAUCAGGCUCCAUCCACUGCUUAUCCAUUAAGGGUUGCCGGGUGCUGGAGCCUAAGUGUGAGGAUCAAAAGAUGAAAAACAAAUCUUAGUUUACCUGAUGAGAGGACUGACGUGUUUGUCUUACAGCUGAACACAAACAUUUAUCACUGUCACAGUUUUAACAAUGUGUUUGCUGCACUUUUUUUUAAUACACGUUUUGAGUGUUCAUUUUUUGACAAGUUGAAAAAGCAUGCAGGAUUUUUUGUAUCAUGUAUCUAACACAUUGAAAUCAGAAAGUAUUGUUAUCAUUAAUCUCUGAGUACAGUAUAUAAACUGUAAAAUAUUUCAGUAUUCCCAUCUAAAAUCUUCACCUGAAGUUUGGAGAGUAAAUCUGACAAAUCUGUGUAAUUUUGUGUCGACCAGCUAAUUGUUACUUAAACCAAUUUAAAUUUUAAAUUCAGCUUUUUUUUCUGCCAACAGUCAAACAGGGAAAUACAGAGAAAAUAAUCUUAACUGAAUAACUGACUUUUGUUGCCUUGUGGGAAGAUUUGGUGAAAUAUGUAUUUUCUUGCUCCAUGUAGUUCUGCUCCCUUUACAAGAAUUAAAGGCUUAUGAUAAGUUGUUGGUUUAAAAAAAGAGUGGAAAAAAAAAAUUCAAAACAAAAUUUAUUGCGUUAAUUUAAAGGCUCAGAAAGAGGAUGAACAGUGGCUCCAUUAUAGAGUUUGUCCUCUAGAGGGCACUGAUACAUGUAUCUUUUAACUGUGAAAUGUCCAGCUCAGUACAUAUUUGUUAUUCAACUCAGUAGAUAUUAAAGUGAGGAAAUGAAAGACAUUUGAUUAAAAGAAAAUUUAUUUGCCUGAAUCCCCCAGAAAAGAAAAAAAAGAAGAUUUUUUGCAGUGUUUGUAAACGUCACAAUGUAAAAAUAAGAAAUGCCAAAUUUAUCACUGUAACUACCCGUUAUGUAUCCUGUUUUUGUGGACACACUGUUAAU